GAGGUGUGUUCUACGCAGGCGCCGAACGUCUGGUGUCGGGCACGGCUCCUCAGGUGCGCGCGCGCGGGAGGGCGGCGGCGGCGGCUCAGUGCGCAGGCGUCGCGAGCGUAGCGCGCAGGCGUCAGUCUUGGGCGGGCUGAAAGCUGCUGAAGCGGCGGCUGAGUCGGAGGCUCCGGCAUAGGGGCGGGAGCUGAGGCGGGAGCGGACCGGCUGGCGGGCUAGCGAGAGGCGGCGGUAUGGUGGACUACCACGCGGCGAACCAGGCGUACCAGUACGGCCCGAGCAGCGGCGGCAAUGGCGCGGGCGGCGGCGGCAGCAUGGGCGACUACAUGGCCCAGGAGGAUGACUGGGACCGGGACCUGCUGUUGGACCCGGCCUGGGAGAAGCAGCAGCGCAAGACCUUCACAGCCUGGUGCAACUCCCACCUGCGGAAGGCUGGCACUCAGAUUGAGAACAUUGAUGAGGACUUCCGGGACGGGCUCAAACUCAUGCUUCUCCUGGAGGUCAUUUCAGGGGAGCGAUUGCCUAAGCCAGAGCGGGGGAAGAUGCGGGUGCACAAGAUCAACAAUGUGAACAAAGCCCUGGACUUCAUCGCCAGCAAGGGAGUCAAGCUAGUGUCCAUUGGGGCAGAAGAGAUUGUGGAUGGCAAUGCAAAGAUGACCUUGGGAAUGAUCUGGACCAUCAUCCUCCGCUUCGCCAUCCAAGACAUCUCGGUGGAAGAGACCUCUGCCAAAGAAGGGCUCCUCCUCUGGUGCCAGAGAAAAACAGCGCCAUAUAAAAACGUCAACGUCCAGAACUUCCAUAUCAGCUGGAAGGAUGGUCUGGCCUUCAAUGCCCUCAUCCACCGGCACAGACCUGAGCUGAUUGAGUAUGACAAACUGAGGAAGGAUGAUCCAGUCACCAACCUGAACAACGCUUUUGAAGUGGCUGAAAAAUACCUUGAUAUCCCCAAGAUGCUGGAUGCUGAGGAUAUUGUGGGCACUCUGAGGCCAGAUGAGAAGGCCAUCAUGACUUACGUGUCCUGCUUCUACCACGCUUUCUCGGGGGCCCAGAAGGCUGAGACUGCUGCCAACCGGAUCUGCAAGGUGCUGGCUGUGAACCAAGAGAAUGAACACCUGAUGGAGGAUUACGAGCGUCUGGCCAGUGAUCUUCUGGAGUGGAUCCGGCGCACCAUCCCCUGGCUGGAGGACCGUGUACCUCAGAAGACCAUCCAGGAGAUGCAGCAGAAGCUGGAGGACUUCCGAGACUAUCGGCGUGUUCACAAGCCCCCCAAGGUGCAGGAGAAGUGCCAGCUAGAGAUCAACUUCAACACACUGCAGACGAAACUCCGUCUCAGCAACCGGCCCGCCUUCAUGCCCUCUGAGGGCAGGAUGGUCUCUGACAUCAAUAAUGGCUGGCAGCACCUGGAGCAGGCUGAAAAAGGCUAUGAAGAAUGGCUGCUGAAUGAGAUCCGCAGGCUGGAGCGACUUGACCACCUGGCAGAGAAGUUCCGGCAAAAGGCCUCCAUCCAUGAGGCCUGGACUGAUGGGAAGGAGGCCAUGCUGAAGCACCGGGACUAUGAGACAGCCACCUUGUCAGAUAUCAAAGCUCUGAUCCGCAAGCACGAGGCCUUCGAGAGUGACCUUGCUGCACACCAGGACCGCGUGGAGCAGAUUGCUGCAAUUGCCCAGGAACUCAAUGAGCUGGACUACUACGACUCCCACAAUGUCAAUACACGGUGCCAGAAGAUCUGCGACCAGUGGGAUGCCCUGGGCUCCCUGACCCACAGUCGCAGGGAAGCUUUGGAGAAAACAGAGAAGCAGCUCGAGACCAUCGAUCAGCUGCACCUGGAGUAUGCCAAGCGGGCUGCACCCUUCAACAACUGGAUGGAGAGUGCCAUGGAGGACCUGCAGGACAUGUUCAUCGUCCACACCAUUGAGGAGAUUGAGGGCCUGAUCUCAGCCCAUGACCAGUUCAAGUCCACCUUGCCAGAUGCGGACAGGGAGCGUGAGGCCAUACUGGCCAUCCACAAGGAGGCCCAAAGGAUCGCUGAGAGCAACCACAUCAAACUGUCGGGCAGUAACCCCUACACCACCGUCACCCCCCAGAUCAUCAACUCCAAGUGGGAGAAGGUGCAGCAGCUGGUGCCAAAGCGGGACCAUGCGCUCCUGGAGGAGCAGAGCAAGCAGCAGUCCAAUGAGCACCUGCGCAGACAGUUUGCCAGCCAGGCCAAUGUGGUGGGGCCCUGGAUCCAGACCAAGAUGGAGGAGAUCGGGCGCAUCUCCAUCGAGAUGAACGGAACUCUGGAAGACCAGCUUAAUCACCUGAAGCAAUACGAGCGCAGCAUUGUGGACUACAAGCCCAACCUGGACCUGCUGGAGCAGCAGCACCAGCUCAUCCAGGAGGCCCUCAUCUUCGACAACAAGCACACCAACUACACCAUGGAGCAUAUCCGCGUGGGCUGGGAGCAGCUGCUCACCACCAUUGCCCGCACCAUCAACGAGGUGGAGAACCAGAUCCUUACCCGAGACGCCAAGGGCAUCAGCCAGGAGCAGAUGCAAGAGUUCCGGGCAUCCUUCAACCACUUCGACAAGGACCAUGGCGGGGCACUGGGGCCUGAGGAAUUCAAGGCCUGCCUCAUCAGCCUGGGCUACGACGUGGAGAAUGACCGGCAGGGUGAUGCUGAGUUCAACCGUAUCAUGAGUGUGGUCGACCCCAACCACAGUGGCCUCGUGACCUUCCAAGCCUUCAUUGACUUCAUGUCCAGAGAGACCACAGACACAGACACAGCCGAUCAGGUCAUCGCCUCCUUCAAGGUCCUGGCAGGAGACAAGAACUUCAUCACUGCUGAGGAGCUGCGGAGAGAGCUGCCCCCUGACCAGGCAGAGUACUGCAUCGCCCGCAUGGCGCCCUACCAGGGGCCUGAUGCUGCUCCUGGCGCCCUCGACUACAAGUCCUUCUCCACGGCCCUCUACGGGGAAAGCGACCUGUAAGGCCCUCAGCUACCCUGACUGGACUCCCUCGGCCUCCCGGAGGGGCUGAGGAGCCCUGCCCAAUCCUGACUCUGUAUCUAUGCAAAGAGCUCUUUAUGGUCCUUCUAGGGGGUCAGGCAGGGAGGGGCUAGGCAGGGGAGGGAGGCCUAGAGAUCAGCACUUCUGGUCUGCUAAAUAUAUGUAUGGUGAGUUGUCGGGUUUUAACCUAUGUGGAGGGGACACCGGACCCCUGGGCACCCUCUGUGUCCCAGAGACACCUUUCCAACCCAGGUCCCCUCCUUUGCCCCUGAGGCCCCUUCAAGGCCUCCCCUCACAUCCAGGCCAAAGCCCCAUGUGCCUUGUCCAGGAACCACCUGCCCUGCAAAGUCCAGCAGAGGGCACCCCGCUCCCCUGGACCAGAUGUCAGUGGCUCCUUUCUCCCACCUCCCUUUCCCCUUUGUGAUUACCAGGAGCAGAGGACCUGCCAUCAUCCCUCUGCUCCAGGAGUGCCGGUGGGGCAGUCAGCCCCAGCCCAUCUGGGCUCUGGGUCUCAGAUUUUUAAGGACCAAAACCAACAAAAACACAAAGAAUGGAACAAACAAAAAAAAAAUCUUUAAAAAAAAAAAAAAGAAAAAAGAAAAAAAACCUAAAAACCUAUUAAAAAAAACUAUAAAAAUUAAAAACUUCCAGAGAAUUACUAUUUACUUUAUUAACUUACGGAUUUAUUAUAUAAAUAUAUAUCCAUCUAGCCGCAUAUCUCUGCCACCUCUCUCACUCUCGUAAUGAAGACAUAGUUGAUUCGAUGCCCUCCCCAGUACCCUCCUGAUUUCCCCUUGUUUGCGGUGGGCAGGGGUCUGUGGGGACCUCCUGAGGUGGAGGUGGGCUGCUGGCCUGCCUGCCUGGUAGUGGAUGGGUUUCACCCCUUUGAGUUUAUUCUGAUUGAUUUUUAUUUUCUUGGUUUCUGGAUAAACCGCCCUCUGGGGAUGGGAGAAUAAAACAUGUAAUAUUUUUAAGAA